UCGCGGACUUCCAGUGGAUGCCCGUUCCCCCGACCGGUUGAUUGUCGAAACGGCAUUACAAUGUGCUCAUGGCACAAUUGCGGGAGUAUUUGCACACUGCAAUACCAAUUCCGUUGAUGGACGCCGGAGUAGAGGUUGUCGACCUUCAGGAGUACAUCGCGAAGAUCGACCGCGAGUUCAAGACAACGGCCGUAUCUUCGCUGAUCUUCUCCUCCCUCGACCAGCCGACAUUGACGCCGCUUGCUCUCCCGCUUCUUCGGAAGUACAGGGAAUUGUUGGCUCAAGCCCGCACAAACAUGCAAAAGGCUCAAGUCCGCAUGCAGCAGCAAGCCAACAGGCGCCGCGUACCAUGUCCCAUCCGCGCCGGAGAUCGAGUUAGGGUCUCCUCGGAAGAGUUUGCAUUGGAACAGGAUGUCUCACGCAAACUACUCCCUAAGUGGUUUGGACCAUGGACAGUGACAUCAGUCGCGGGCGAUGAGCCCGAUGGCCCUUCAUUUGUGAUCGACAUUCCUGAGCAUUUGACGGUCCAUCCAGUCUUUCAUGCGUCAAAGCUGGCAACAUAUACACCAGCUAAGAGCGAUGACUUACCGGGCCGACGAUCGCAGGACCCUCCUUCUAUGGAUGGUCAUCAGGAGGUUGACCGCGUCAUCUCAGAUCGCAAGUAUGGCAGCAAGCCGCGCCAGUACAGAGUUACAUUCAGAGCAUGCGAUCCCGACGACACUCGGUGGAUUUCAGGAGCAGAUUUGACAGCGUCUGCAGCGCUGAUCUACGCUCACUACGAGCGACAGAGUGCACAGGGGGUGGCAGCCUCUGUGCCGAAAGUGGCGUUAUCGUCGACGAUGAAGCCCUCACGGACAGCCGCGGGAGGAUCGCAGAUAGCGACUGCGGUGCUGAAACCCUCGGGCCCGGCACUUCCGGAUACCGUAGCCUUGGCGAAGAAGAAGAUGGGUGCCAGGAGUUGGAUGGUGUUCGACAUGAACGGGAACACGAUGAUGCUGGAGGCGGACAAGUAUGCGAUAAUGCACAGGGUUGGCAUUCAUGCGCGAGAUUUGCGCAUUCUCGAUCCAAUGCUGUCGUAUCCGUCAACCAUCCUUGGACGUGAGCGGGCCAUUGUUCUUAACUUGGAGCACAUCAAGGCGAUUGUCACUGCGGAGGAGAUGCUCCUCCGCAACCCCAUGGAUGAGCAUGUUAUCCCAGUCGUUGCGGAGCUGCGCCGGCGUCUCCCGGUCAAUGAUGCAAUGCAUGCUGCCUAUGCUGGUGCACAUGGCUACGAUCCCAGUCGACAGGAUCAUGACGGUCACGAAGGCGCAACCAGCCCUUGGAAGAAGGUUCCGGGAACAGAUGUUGUGGAUGGCGAUGUUGACAUUCCACCCUUUGAGUUCCGAGCGUUGGAAGUGAUCCUGGAGGCAGUGUGCAGUUUCUUGGAUGCACGAUCAACGGAACUGGAGAAUCAGGCCAUGCCGGCGCUCGACGAGCUAACGUCGAAGAUCAGCAGUCUGAAUCUGGAGAGGGUAAGGAAGCUGAAAACGCUGAUGACGAGACUGACAGCGCGGGUGCAGAAGGUCCGAGAUGAACUGGAACAACUCCUGGAUGACGAUGAUGACAUGGCGGAGUUAUUCUUGACCCGAAAGAUUCAGCCGGGGUCACCUGGUGCCUCCACAGGGUUGCACUGGGCGCCAACAUCCCCAACCAUAGGGUCGAGGCUGUCUAUACGCGCUUCACGAGCUAGCACUGUGAGCAUGAUUAGCCAUGACGACAACGACGUCGAGGAGCUGGAAAUGAUUCUGGAGGCGUAUUUCAUGCAGAUCGAGGGGACAUGCAACAAGCUGAAUGCAUUGCGUGAGUACAUCGACGACACCGAGGAUUACAUCAACAUUCAGCUCGAUAACCAUCGAAAUCAGCUCAUUCAGAUUGAGCUGAUCAUGAGCACAGCAACUUGUAUUGUUUCCGUGUACAGUGUUGUUGCCGGAAUCUUUGGGAUGAACCUGCCAAACAAAUGGAAUGAAGAUCCAAAUGCCUUCAACGUUGUGGUGAUCACCACGGCGAUUGUUUGCUUUAUCAUGUUUAUUGUUAUGCUUGGCUAUUUCCGCUUCCGGCGCCUGAUUGGGAUGUAGUCGCGGCGCCUUUGAGAACGCUUCUACACCAUGACGGCAAUUGUUUGCAUCAUCUUGUUUGCGGUUGUGCUGGAAUAUUUCAGAAUUUUCGGUUUCUGGCGUUUGAUUUGGAUGUAGUAGCAACUGCAACAAAGCUUCUACUGUCAGUUGCUUGUCAAGCUACUCCUGGUGCACUACAGAGCCUGACAUCUGACCCGCGUCACGGACUGAUAUGACCACGUUUUUUUACCAUUGUUGCACUGCCGGUUGCAUGUUGAGGAGCUCAAAAGCUGCAGAGCAGCAAGGUCUCUUCAAUGGCAUCCUUUGGCAAUGGGGUAGGUGGCAUGCACCAGUGUUUUGCAUGUUUUGGCUUGUAAUCCGUCAUCUGUGUGGUUGAGAUGGGCCUACUUCAUAAUUUACGCAGUCAGAUUAGACUGAUCUUGCACCCAUUGUGUGAGCCGUGCUGUGGUUUGAUUGUUGAGGAGUUGAAGUUGCGCAGCCCAGCUAGGUCCGUGGUCGUGAUGGAGCCUGAUUUGACCUAUCUCAGCCAUCUGGAAACUGUAAUCAGAGUCGGGUUGCCGUUCAAAUGUUGAUGAGUUGAAGGUGCAGCGCAGCUAGGUGGUAUCUGGUGUUGUGCUUAUCGUGAACGGGUACGGCAUGAGUUGGUCCUUUUGUGGCGAUGAUGGGCACCUGUCUCCGUAAUAUGAUGACAGUUGCAACUGCAAUGGAUGAAGCAAAUGCUGCAGGAUGUUUAUUGCGUCCCUGGAGGUUUGGCGCAGUUCUCUCUUGGGCUGUUGCAGGACGAUUUUGAAUUCCUUUUCGAGGCAUUUUCUGGAGGCUGCCAUGUGUCCUGGCGGUUUAGGAGGAUGAGACAUUCGCAGCGUAUUGGACACCUCCGCCGACUCCUCCCGAUUGUGAGCUGAGUCUGCAUCAUGAUUGUGACAGUCACAGUGAAUCCGCUGUGCAUGGGAAAAUCCUUGAGGAGUUUUAUGACGAAGGAAUGGGCGCUUCCAGGACUGCGAGUUGACUGGUUUUGUUUUGGGUCAUCUGCUUCAUCCCUGUGUGAAAUUUGUUUCCGUCUUACGUGUUGUGAGCCCCUGGACGAUUGGCGUGCGCCUCUUAUUGAUCAGCUGUUCUGUUUGCCGCUCAUUGAUGUGGAUGCAAUGGGCCCACUUUCAAUUUCCAUUUUAUGGGGCCUGAUUUAUGGGACCUACCUGCUGCUGAUCUCCAAUUGUGCAUCUGCUUGUCCCAUGCGCGUUUAUCGGUGUGAUUGCGCUGACUAUGUGACCAGCCUGCCGGUGAUCGCUAAUUGUGCACUGAUGUCCAGUUUCAAUGGAGGAUGGCAUUGCCCGGCAACAAGCUGGAGGAGAGAGAGGGAACCUACCUGUCCCAUAUCUGUAGGUUUGUUUUUGUCCUUUCCUCCUUUUCCCCCGCCGUGACGCUCUUAACAAAACCCCAGAGCAUUUAACACCAAACAAAAAGAGGGGAGAAAAAGGGGGGGGGGGGGGGGGGGGAAACACUCUGCAAUACUACCACAAACUCCCUGUCUGUGGAAGUUUCGCCCUGGGCAUGGCUGUCGGUUUUUUCGUUUCAGCUUUUUCAGGGUUUUCUCGCUAUGCACGGCAGCAGAUGUCUGUGUGUCGUCAACAUCUCACAUUUCAUGUUUAGUGUGUCCUGUCAUCUCAAGGUGAUGAGAUCCAUCAGUUUUCUUGUGUUGGUUAUUGGCACCAUUAUGAUAGUCUCAAGAGUCAAGACUCACAACAGCGAUGACGCAAUCACUGGAGCUCGCAUAUUUGAGACACCAGAUCCUUCACACGGUUUUCUCUGCCUUUUUUUUUUCGGUGGAGAGUUAGUGAAGUGUUUCGGAAGCAUUUUGGUUGCUGUCACUGCUGUGGAUAUUGGUGGGUGAGGCGUUGGUGCGAACUUGGUGGCGGUGGCGACGAUGAUGGCGGCAGUGGCGAUUUUUAGAUAGGUCAUUUGCGGCAAUUGUGAGUUUCUUGUCCAUGUAGAUGCUGCAAUGGCUGCAGUGUGGAGUGCAGAUUCCGUCUGCAUGGAAGUAUCCAAAGAACGGUUGCGUCUCAUAACUGUGAGUUGAAAGGUCUCGUGUUUGAUCGUCAGAAUCCCACUGUGUAUUGCAGUCUCAGGGUCCUGUUGCUAUAUAUUAUGCAACUUCAUUUCAUUUCUGUUAAACAUCUCAAACGUCUUGUGUGCCCGUGGUCGAGAUGGUGGUGGGUCUAUGUGAUUGGUAAGAUCGAUUUGUGCAGACCUGCUCUGACGAUGAUCCGCAAGGACCGCAACCCAAACACGGAAAAGCGGAGGCGGUGGUUAUCGCUCAACGGAAAGGCAUGCCGAGUGUGACUUUUGCAUUAAAAAGGCUUUGUAACUUUGUGCAUUGGUAUUUUCUUCAGGGUGUGCACCCCCCCGCCUCCCUCCCCUCCCGUCCCCUUCUCCUUUGUUGGAAGAUUCGCCUGUGUUGGUAGUUUGAUGCGUUGGGGUUCUGUUAUAGA